AUGGUUAAGACAAAGGAUUUAUCAUCUUCUUCACAAAACGAGAACAAUGAGGUGAAGUAUAAGGGUGUUAGGAAGCGUAAGUGGGGGAAAUACGUAUCAGAAAUAAGGCUACCCAAUAGCCGGGAAAGGAUUUGGUUAGGGUCCUACCAAACGGCCGAGAAGGCGGCCAAGGCGUUCGACGUCGCCUUGUUCUGCCUCCGCGGCUGCCACGCUAAGUUUAAUUUCCCACAUGAUCCACCCAACAUUGCCGGCGGACAAUCACUCACUCCGGCAGAAAUACAAGUUGUUGCCCAACAGUAUGCUAAUAACAGUAGCAGCACUAAUCACCAGCCACCAACAGAAUUGGAGGAUGAAUCGCCAUCAUCAAACUCGGAGGGGGCCGGGACAAUGGACUUGAUCGACUGGUCAUUCUUGGAUAUGUUAGACUCGAAUGAUCAUGCUGGUAAUGUUUCAGAUUUUGGAUUAUUUCCCGAGCCUGGCGAUAUGUACGUUCCACCAAAUUUUGCCUACCCCGACGAUAAUGAUGAUGAUCAUGGCAAUGAAGAUAUUGGGGGACACUUUUCAUCUUUUCUUUGGAACUUCUAA